CAAUAUGCCCUGAAAAUCACCUACGCCAUCGCCAAUUCUCUUUCUGUCGCCUGACAAAAUAGAGUCAUCGUCAAAGCUGCUGUUCCUUCGCAUCUGAUAUUCAUCAUGGGUUUGGCGAAGAAGUUCAGGAUCGGAGCUGAAGGAUUUGGAAAAAUCAAUUGGUUUUUAGGCAGAGUUACGCGACAGGGAGGCCAUUCUAAGCUUCCGACUGCCUUUGAUUCACUAAAAGCGGCUAGUUUUCAGCAGGAUGGGCUUGGAUCUGCCGGUUUGAAGUCUUUUAGAGUACUUGCACUUAUUGGUGCUGGAGUCUCUGGGCUUCUUGGUAGUGCAACUAUUGUGUUCUCAGAUGAGGCAGAGCAUGGCCUAGAAUGCCCGAGCUAUCCAUGGCCUCACAAAGGCAUUCUCAGUUCAUAUGACCAUUCAUCAAUUCGCCGAGGUCACCAGGUUUAUCAACAAGUGUGUGCAUCUUGCCACUCGAUGUCUCUAGUUUCUUAUCGUGAUCUUGUUGGUGUGGCAUACACUGAGGAAGAAACUAAGGCAAUGGCUGCAGAGAUUGAAGUUGUUGAUGGCCCUAAUGAUGAAGGUGAGAUGUUCACACGCCCUGGGAAGCUGAGUGACCGCUUUCCGCAGCCUUAUGCAAAUGAAGCAGCUGCAAGGUUUGCAAAUGGUGGAGCUUAUCCUCCUGAUCUAAGUCUUAUCACAAAGGCCCGACAUAAUGGUCAGAACUAUGUUUUUGCCCUUCUAACUGGCUACCGAGAUCCUCCUGCUGGUGUCUCUAUUCGAGAAGGGCUUCACUAUAAUCCUUACUUCCCUGGUGGUGCAAUUGCUAUGCCUAAAAUGCUCAAUGAUGGUGCUGUUGAAUAUGAAGAUGGUGUCCCUGCAACAGAAGCACAAAUGGGCAAAGAUGUUGUAACAUUCUUGUCAUGGGCUGCUGAGCCUGAAAUGGAAGAGAGAAAACUGAUGGGUUUCAAAUGGAUAUUUGUGUUGUCACUUGCACUUCUCCAAGCAGGUUACUAUCGCCGGUUGAGAUGGUCAACCCUCAAGUCCCGUAAGCUGGUUAUCGAUGCUGUCAACUGAUUCUGCAGCGCCUUUGCCCGAAUACUGUAUCAAUGUGAGAGGACAAGAAAUAAUAAUAAUAAUAAUUAUCACUUUGAUUGACGAUUGGGUUCCGUGAGUUUUAUACGGAACAGUGAGCAUAGAUAGGAGAAGAGACAAGAAUGGAGUCUCUAUUACAAGUAUUCUUGAGUUGUUAAACUCAGAUACACAAUUUUGAUGCCAUAUUUAACUGUCGUUUCUAUGUUACUCUGUUACUUGAUUCAUUUCGUUCCCAUCAUCAUUGUAUUUCAAACUCCAUAUUUGUGGUUCAGAAUAAAAACGAGGUGUCAAUGAUGGUUUUGGUUUGUU